UCUACUUCGUCCCUCUUCUCUCUCUCUCUCUCUCUCUCUCUCUCUCUUUCUGGUGUUUGAAGAAACCCUAAUUCUCGUUCUUAGUCAGUCUCAUUUCCUCUCCGGCUAGUGAGUUAAAUUUUUGUAGAUCUAGAAGAAAGAAAAAAACCAUCACUAUGCGCUAACUGAGAAAAUUAAUCUGUAAAAAAGAAAUGUCAAGCUCCGACCCGAAACCCGGUCCACCGCCUCCAGCCCCUGAAUCCCCCGCAAUGCCACCCUCCACUUGGGCCAAACGAACCGGAUUCCGUCCCAAAUUCUCCGGCGAGACUACCGCCUCCGAUUCCGGCCAACUCUCAUUGCCUGCAGCCACACAAUCAGAAUCCCAGCCGGAUCUCGAAGCUGGCCAGCCUCGCCUCCGUCGUCCUCCUGUCUCCGCCGCAGCCAACGGUGCGACGGAUAAGGAUAAGAAUGAGAAACCACCGCCGCCUCCACCACCACCUCCUUCCGCUGCUCUGAUGAAGAGAAGGAGAGAUUCUGAUGGGGUUUCUGGGAGAUCAAACGGACCCGGGUCGGGUGACCCGGUUAGAAGACCUAACCGGGUUGAAGAGACGGUGGAGGUUUUGCCACAGAGAAUGGAUGAAGAUUUGGUGGCUAGAAAUUCGCAUAUCAAGUAUGGACUCAGAGAUACGCCUGGACUUGUUCCAAUUGGGUUCUAUGGAUUGCAGCAGUACCUCUCCAUGUUAGGUUCACUGAUUCUUGUUCCACUUGUUAUUGUUCCUGCUAUGGGAGGUUCCCACGAGGACAUUGCAAAUGUGGUCUCGACCGUACUUUUUGUGUGUGGAAUCACUACUUUGUUGCAUACUUCGUUUGGAUCGAGGCUUCCUUCGAUUCAAGGCCCUUCUUUUGUGUUCCUCGCUCCGGUUUUGGGCAUCAUUAACUCCCCAGAGUUUCAAGGUCUGAAUGGAAAUAAUAAUUUCAAGCAUAUCAUGAGAGAGCUGCAAGGUGCAAUCAUAGUUGGUUCAGCUUUUCAAGCAGUGCUUGGAUACAGUGGCUUAAUGUCGCUGAUUUUGAGGUAUAAAUCUCCCUUGCCUUUCUCCCAAGCUGACACCUUCGAUAUAAAUAUUAAAUCAAGCAUUAGUUAUUGUUUCCGUAUAUUGUGUUUUGUUUACACAUGGUUCUUGUGGCUUAUUGUGAUGCUAUAUUUUCUUGUAGCACAUUAUCUUCUGACCCUUCUUCUAUAUAGGUUGAUCAAUCCAGUAGUUGUUGCUCCAACGAUAGCUGCGGUUGGACUUUCGUUUUACAGCUAUGGUUUCCCGCUUGUUGGUAAAUGUCUUGAGAUCGGUGUUGUGCAGAUACUACUCGUGGUCAUCUUUGCUCUUUACCUCCGGAAAAUCUCAGUUUUAAGCCAUAGGGUUUUCCUUAUCUAUGCGGUUCCUUUGAGUCUUGCAAUCACUUGGGGCGCUGCAUUCCUCUUAACCUCAGCAGGAGCUUACACCUACAAAGGCUGCGACCCAAACGUUCCCGUCUCAAACGUUGUAUCGAGCUACUGCAGAAAAUACAUGACCAGAAUGAAGUACUGUCGGGUCGAUACUUCUCAGGCGCUGAGAUCCGCACCUUGGUUUAGGUUUCCUUACCCGUUGCAAUGGGGCGUGCCGAUAUUCACCUGGAAAAUGUCUGUUGUCAUGUGUGUGAUCUCUAUAAUUGCUUCAGUAGAUUCGGUUGGUUCGUACCACGCUUCUUCUCUGUUGGCAGCGUCAAUGCCUCCAACUCCCGGUGUUGUGAGUCGGGCGAUAGGCCUUGAAGGUUUCGCAAGCGUCCUAGCCGGUUUAUGGGGUACAGGUGCUGGCUCAACAACCUUAACUGAAAACGUUCACACCAUCGCUGUGGCGAAAAUGGGAAGCCGCAGAGUCGUUGAGUUAGGCGCAUGUGUUUUAGUUGUAUUAUCCCUUGUCGGUAAAGUGGGAGGGUUUAUUGCAUCGAUACCUCAAGUGAUGGUUGCUUCUCUUCUCUGCUUUAUGUGGGCAAUGUUUACGGCUUUAGGCCUCUCAAACUUACGUUAUAGUGAAGCUGGAAGCUCGAGGAAUAUCAUCAUUGUCGGGUUAUCGUUGUUCUGUUCUCUCUCUGUCCCAGCUUACUUCCAGCAGUAUGGCGUUUCUCCAAACUCGAACCUCUCUGUUCCAAGUUACUACCAACCUUACAUUGUUGCUUCUCAUGGACCCUUCAAAAGCCAAUAUAAAGGGGUGAACUAUGUGGUGAACACGCUCUUAUCGAUGAACAUGGUGAUUGCUUUUAUCAUGGCUGUGGUUUUGGACAAUACUGUUCCUGGGAGCAAGCAGGAACGUGGGGUUUAUGUUUGGUCUGAUAGUGAGACUGUAACGAGAGAGCCAGUACUUGCUAAAGACUAUGAGCUGCCGUUUAGGGUUGGGAGGUUUUUCAGAUGGAUCAAAUGGGUUGGCAUUUGAAAGAAUUAACACAGUGGCUCAAAAGUGUGUAUAUAGAGGUCAGAUGAAGGAUUCUCUUUUCUUUUGUUUGUUAUUUUUAGUCUUUCUCAGUUUUAUGUAACAUGGUGAAGUUUUCUUGUGUCCCAAGUUUGUCUAUUGGAUAGUUUUUGUGGUUUAAAACAGGGAGUUGAUGUUGUAAGUUGUAUAGAUUAUUAUGAUCAGUCCUUUUGUAAUACCUUAUUGUUCUUUUGGAUAACAAUAUCUUGUGUUCACCA